UUCGUUGAGCAUUUCUUGAAACUUCUCCUCAACCUCGCCAUACCCGACCACCGGCAAGGGACAUCGAUCUCGCCGAUUCGUUCGCCAGAGCAAGACUUUCCAACGACAGCAUGGUCCGCCACUCGUUCGAGGAGAAGUCCAUCGAGGAUAUAACCAAGCCGCCAGUCAUAAAGAACGACGCCAAUCCUUGGCCGAACAAUGAAGACGACGAAAUUUCCAGCCAGCUUAGCCAUGCCGAGUCCAUCGAAGAACAACACGACCAGCCUACGUUGAACGAAAAGUCACAAUCGACCCAACCUGGUCCUGCUCGAAGCAUUCUGUCCCGAACAGUCUCCCGUCGCUCCGCUGCAUCUCUUGAUCCGGGCCCACCACCGGACGGCGGCGUUGCGGCAUGGACGCAAUGCUUCUGCACGCAUCUGACCAUCGCUUCUACCUUUGGCUACAUCACAUCGUUCGGAGUGUUUCAGACCUACUAUCAGACCGCGUUGAACGUGGAGCAGUCGACAAUCAGCUGGAUCGGAUCAGUGCAGCUGUUCCUGUUGUUCUUCAUCGGCACAGUAAGCGGCCGCGCGACCGACGCCGGCCUCUUCCGCUACGUCUACAUCCUAGGCUCCAUCUUCCAACUCGUCGGAAUCUUCUGCACCGCCCAAGCAACCACUUUCUGGCAACUCUUUCUCGCCCAAGCCGUCUGCUCCGGCAUCGCCAACGGCCUCCACUUCUGCCCCGCCAUGUCCCUCCUGACCACCUACUUCGCCCGCCGUCGGGCCUUCGCCGUAGGUUUCGCCGCCGUGGGGUCCUGCACGGGAGGCAUCGCGAUCCCAAUCAUUGUACAACAGCUCCUCCCCCGCAUCGGCUUCCCCUGGACCGUCCGCGUGAUCGGAUUCUUCAUGCUAGCCACCAACGCCAUCACCAUCACCCUCUACCGCACCCGCCUCCCGCCACGCAAAUCUGGACCCAUCAUCGACUGGCCGAGCUUGAAGGAAGCACCUUACGUCCUCUACGUGCUCGCCAUGUUCUUCGUCUUCUGGGGCCUCUACUUCGCCUUCUUCUACAUCGGCGCCUACGGCCGCAACGUGCUAGGCUGCAGCUACCAGCAAUCCAUCAAUCUCCUCCUCACCGUCGUCUCCGUCGGUUUCGUCUUCCGUCUCGUACCGAAUUACUUCGCCGAUCGGGUCGGUACGCUCAACACGCUCAUCCCCUUCGCCUUCCUUUGCGGCGCCAUGAUGUUCGCUUGGACUGGAAUCCACUCGCUGAGCGGCAUGUUCGUCUUCGCGGCGAUCUAUGGAUCGGGGUCGGCGGCGAUUCAAGCGCUGUUUCCGGCGUUGUUCGGGAGUCUGAGUAAAGUGCCGGAUAUGAAGAAGGCGGGAGUGAGGAUGGGCAUGGCGUUCAGUUGUGUGAGUUUUGCGUGCUUGACGGGACCGCCGUUGGCGGGAGCGUUGAUUCAGAGGAGGGAUGGAGAUUAUCUGUAUGCGCAGGUGUGA